GAUAUUUUCUAGUUGAUUAAAGAGACUUCUUAUUCAAACAGAAAAUCACAGAAGGAAACGUGUGGCUUCUGGUUUGAAUGCAAGCUACUGUCCUCAUCUCGUGCGGUCUCCAGGGGUCUGUCACCUAUGGCGGAUUCCAGGCAUUAGAUUGGUGCUCUGAGCUUAGGUGACUGUUUUCCUCUUUAUGAAGUGAGCUGUGUCCCCAGUAUCAGCAGAGCCACGUGUGAAGAGUGCAGUAGCCCAGCAUGCCGGCCUGUUCCUCCCCUCGCCCAGUGCGAUGCUGGUGUUCAGGGCAGCAGCUGUGCCAUGAGCUGCCCCAGGGUGCAGUCCGUGAACACCCCGCCCUCCCCAGGCCUUUCUUCUUGUUGGUGGCCGCUGUGGGGCAGGUCAGUGCUCACCUCGCACAGUGGGCUGAUGAGUGCGCAAUAGGAGCAGCAUGUCCACCCCAGGCUCCAUCUAGGGCUGCGUCUGCUCUCAGCUCCAGCCCCAGUGCCUAGACCAGUGGUGGUGAAUCUGUGGCCAUUUGUAUCAUUGAAAGCCCUAAAACAUUCGCUGUCACCAGUCUAGACGGCGCUGGCUGUAGGAGCCGACUCGCUCGAUGAGCUGAGCGACGAUCUGGCAGGGUGUCUGCAGGUCCCGGGCCCAGCGUGCUACGGCUCUGCUGAGGAGAAGGAGUAGGAGGUGCAGGCUAGGUGGGGCUGGCGCACUCACACCCGGAGCCACUUUGAGGAAGGCCACAGAAGGAGGAGGAUGGCCGAGGACCCUAGCAGUCCGAGGAGAGGGAGAAAACCCUCUUUGUUGCUUCAUUUCCCCACCUUGUGAUGUAGCAGCCAGUCAUGAAUUCUGCAGGUCAUUUCUCUGGUGACAGAGGGAAAGGGUGUGUGCUGUUGGGCUUUGAGAAAGUCAGGAAGAGCAGGAAGUGAACUUCUACCCAUUCUGGCCCAGAGGCUGUGGGGGGCAGGUGGGAUGGACCCUGGAAGGCCUCCAUCUGCGCCCGGGUGCAGCCCCUUGCUGUCCUGUUACACACAGGGAUACUUCAGAGUCUGUAGAGGAGGCAGCGCCGAGACUUCCAGAUGAACAACCGAAAGGAAGAUAUGGAAAUCACGUCCCAUUACCGACACCUGCUUCGUGAGCUCAACGAGCAGAGGCAGCACGGGGUGCUCUGUGAUGUCUGUGUGGUCGUGGAGGGCAAAGUGUUCAAGGCGCACAAGAACGUCCUGCUCGGGAGCAGUCGCUACUUCAAGACGCUCUACUGCCAGGUGCAGAAGGCGUCCGGCCAGGCCACGGUCACCCACCUGGACAUCGUCACAGCCCAGGGCUUCAAAGCCAUCAUCGACUUCAUGUACUCUGCCCACCUGGCCCUCACCAGCAGGAACGUCAUUGAGGUGAUGUCCGCCGCCAGCUUUCUGCAGAUGACAGACAUCGUGCAGGCCUGCCACGACUUCAUCAAGGCCGCGCUGGACAUCAGCAUCAAGUCAGACACCUCGGAUGAGCUCUCAGAGUUUGAGAUUGGCGCCCCAUCCAGCAGCAGCACUGAGGCUCUGAUCUCAGCCGUGAUGGCAGGGAGGAGCAUCUCCCCGUGGCUGGCUCGGCGGACUAGUCCGGCCAAUUCCUCCGGAGACUCGGCCAUCGCCAGCUGUCAUGAAGGCGGGAGCAGUUAUGGGAAGGAGGAUCCCGAGCCCAAGGCUGAUGGCCCCGAUGACAUUUCCUCACAGUCUCUGUGGCCUGGAGAUGUGGGCUACGGGCCCCUGCACAUCAAAGAGGAGCAGAUCUCGCCUCCUCAUUACGGAGCGGGCGAGCUUCCCUCUGCCAAAGAUGGUGUGGCGCAGAACUCGUUCCCAGAGCAGGGUGCCGGGGAUAGCUGGCAGCCCUCAGGCCGGAGGAAGAACCGAAAGAACAAAGAGACUGUGCGGCACAUCACACAGCAGGUGGAGGGCGACAGCCGGGCUGGCUCUCCAGUGCCCUCGUUCCUUCCCACGCCAGGAUGGCCGUUCAGCAGCCGAGACUCAAAUGCAGACCUGAGCGUCAUGGAGGCCAGCAGCUCGGACAGCCGAGGCGAGAGGGCCGAGCUCUAUGCACACAUCGAUGAGGGUCUGCUGGGAGGAGAAGCCAGCUUCUUGGGCCCGCCGCUCACCCCGGAGAAGGAUGAGGCCCUGCACCAGGCCACCGCGGUGGCCAGCCUGCGGGCAGCUCUCAUGAGUAAGAACAGCCUGCUGUCUCUCAAGGCCGACAUGCUCGGAGACGACGGCUCCCUGCUGUUCGAGUACCUGCCCAAAGGCACCCACUCGUUGUCCUUGAAUGAAUUCACGGUGAUCAGGAAGAAGUUCAAGUGCCCCUACUGCAGCUUCUCAGCCAUGCACCAGUGCAUCCUCAAGCGGCAUAUGCGCUCGCACACGGGGGAGCGGCCCUACCCGUGCGAGAUCUGCGGGAAGAAGUUCACGCGGCGCGAGCACAUGAAGCGGCACACGCUGGUGCACAGCAAGGACAAGAAGUACGUGUGCAAGGUGUGCAGCCGCGUGUUCGUGUCGGCCGCCAGCGUGGGCAUCAAGCAUGGCUCGCGGCGCCACGGCGUGUGUGCUGACUGCGCGGGCCGCGGCGCGGCCGCAGCCCUGGACCAGGGCGGUGGCGAUGGCUCCCCUGAGGCGCUGUUUGCGGGCGACGCGCCCUACCUGGAGGACCCCGACGACCCGCGCGCAGAGGGCGAGGAGGAGCUGGGGGAGGACGAGGACGACGACGUGGCCAGGUGGAAGGACGACGUGGGGCUGACGCAUGAGGACGCGCUGCUGGCGGACAAGGACGACGAGGACUCGCCGCGGGCGCCCCGCAGCCCCGCAGCGGAGCGCGACCAGGACUUCGCCUGGGUCUCCUAGGUCCCGCCCGAGCCGCCCCGAGCCGCGCACGCGCACGCCGGCCUGAGGGCCUGGAGCAGCCCUCGGCGGGGCGAGCUCAGGCUUGAGCGGCCGAGGCCCCCCUCCCGGGUCUCCACCGCUCUGGUCGGCCACAGAAUCCAGGUCCGCACGGAAGAGCCCUGCGACCCUCUCACCUCCGCCUUUGGUGCUUAACACAAACGGCUGGGGCCGGGUGCCAGGUGCUACCCCCGGGGCCCCGCCCGGCGAGCCUCGGAGCCCUGUCCACCCGGCUCUGCCCGGCUGCCGCUGACCUCCCCGGACGGGCCGGGCCGGGCUCCCGCCUUGGUUGCUGCUAACGCCGCAGUGGGUGUCCAGCCGCUCGCACCUCCCCACCUGGGCAACCAAAUUUUAAAGCAGUCAGAGAGACACACUGAGGUAGUUACAGACAAUUAUUUUGAUUGGCAUUAUUUUUCUCACUUGACAAAACUAUAUAGGGUUUUCUUUUAGCUUGUUGUUAAGUCCUCUUGCUUUUUUUUUUUUUUUUUUGGUACCGGGGUCGAACUCGGGAACUUGGGCAGCAGGCGCCAGAACCACUGAGCUACAUCCCCGGCCCCUCGCCUCUUGCUUUUUUGAUGGACCUCACCCCACGUUCUGUUUCCAGAAUGAAAAGUGAAGGCUCCCAUUUUGGCAUCCUGUGUGCCACCAGCUUCGAGGGUCCUGGAGGUCAGCCCGACUCGGCCCGCAGGCCACACGGGAGACUUCUCCCCGCCCUGGGCCGGGCUCGCAGGUGCCGAGGCUGGCCCAGUUGGAGAGUUCUAGUUUCUUUUUCCAGUCCACAAGCCGAAUGGCUUUGACCAACUUCCUUACCGUGUCACAUCUAUUCUUUCUAGGUGGAAAAGGAAAGCCCACAAAGCCGUAACUUGGGUCCCGGUGGUCCCCUGCUCACAUUCCCUGAGUGCCAGCUGCCUUACCUGCUGCUGCUGCUGCUGAGGGGACAGGGCUGGCCCAUGUGGCCCAGGUGCUAUCCUAGAGGGCCUGUGCCACGCGAGAGGAGUCAAUGCUUUUGUUUUUUAGAUGGAGUUAGCCGCUGUUUCUCCCAGUUACAGGAGGCCUGGUGUGGAGUUUGCUGUCCCUGGGGAGGCUGUGACCUCCUCAGAACUCCCCAAAGUCCUCAGGGGGAAGAGGGCCAGGAGCCCCACUCCCCUACUGCGGUGGGCAGCACCGGGCGCAGUCCCAGUGGGGCAGCCUAGCUCGACCCCUACCAAGGGAGCUCCAGGCUGAGGCCCUCCAGCCUUGCCAGUACCCCUCCAGGGCUCUGAACUUUGUACCUUUCCUCCUGCUUUUUAAACACCUUUUCUAAACAGACUUAGUUUCUUAUAAGAUGCAUUUGGGGACAGCCCUCCGCUACCAGUGUCUCUGGACUUUGUACCAGUCCCAGCGUCUCAGGUGCCGGGCCCCGGCCCACCUGCUCAAGGCACCUUGCCCCGACUCAGGACGUCUCGAUCCCCACUGCUCCCUGUGCACCGCCUCUGUUGGCCUUUCCGGGCUUCCCACGGAGGCACUUCCUCCAAGCCCGUCCUGUACUGGAAACCGAGGGCCCAGUCCUGACCCCACCUCACCUAAGUAUCUGCUGUGUGGCAGGUUUGUCGUUCCCAUCAGUUUGCUAAUUGGAAAGUGUGGAAUUUCAAAGACCCAGAUGAACACAUCCAUCUCUCAGGAGGCAUGGAGGAAAGACAUGAUGAAGGAUUUUUUGUUUUGUUUUUUUUUACGUGACUGAUUUUUUUUAAAUCAAUGUUCAAACUAAUAAAUAUUUUUUUAUGAAGAGGAAAAAUGUGUAGAUUACAUUUCACAUUUUGUAUUUUUUUGUUUGUGUCUGUAUUUUGGUGUUUGCAACACCAAAGUGGAAAACAGUGAUGGGGGUGUUACUGAGGGGCAGGGAAGCUGUCUGGUUUUUGUACUGUGCUCUGGAUCCUGACCAGGCUGUAUAUUUGGACUCUAUGGGUUUUGGGAAACAGGACAUUGCCAGGACUCAACAGGGACCUGACUCAAAAAAGACACAGCUAUGCUUCCAACUUUGCACAUCUUCUUUUUUAAAAAAGAAAACAGAAAAUGCAAAAACUGGGAACUUUUUGCAUUAGGAAAGAUAAUCUUACUUUGGCUCAUUCUGUGACAUGUGCAGCUCUUAAGAAAGCCAUACUUAAUGGUGGUUGUCUUUUAUUUUUUAGACCCUAUGUUGUGUUUUGUAUGCAGCCCUUUUAGAACCACUUGUCGUGAGGGUGCCUGUGUGUGGGCUUUUCUUAAAUAUUUAUUUUUUCAACAUGCUUUCAACCUGUCAACAAGAACAGAAUUGACAAAGGGCAGUGUUUGAAGACUGUUGAUCUUUUCUGAGGAUAAUCUAUAUUACACUGACUUUAUAUUAUUAUAAACCUGUGUGUGUAUUGAAGAUGUGUCCACAUUUGGGGAGGAGGUUUUUUGUAAUCAGUCAGUGGAAAUCACAGCUGUUGCCCUGCUCUGCUGUAGCCCAGGACAGGCCAAGAUUACCUUCUCUUCUCUCGUGGGUUUCGCAGUUUCUUGUCUGCCUAGGUGUGCUCGCGGCCUGCCUGUGGGUUUCCUUUCUGUGACGGGAUUAGCAUAGACAUUCUUGCAAAGCAAUCACUUUCAAUAAACUGGGAAGUUGCUGCUCCAA